UCAGCCCUGAUAGCAAAGAUGGCGGCUGAUCGGCAUUGAUUCUUCUCCCUAAUGAGUUAUUUAAAUUUAUGCAUUUGCUGAGUUUUCCUUCAAACAAGAUAACAAAGUAUAUACCAAAAAACUCUUUCCGUGUAAGAAAUGUUGUGAGGCUACAAGAAAAGUAUUUUUGUAAAGAGUUUGCCAAUACACCUUAACAGUUUCCCGUGGUAGCGCUAGGUGUGCAGCGGCGUAGCUAACUAGCCUGUGCCGUCAUUCUAAAAUGGCUCCGGUGCAGAUAGGGUCAGAUGGGCAGCUUGUCCCGCUCGGGGGUCCAGUAGUCUCGGGUCCACAGGCACCACAAACCGGAGCUCCGGCCACACAGGGUGUCCGACUCAGCCUGCUUAUUGAAUUUCUUCUCCAGAGGACUUACCAUGAAAUUACACUACUGGCGGAAUUGCUGCCCAGAAAAACGGACAUGGAGAGGAAAAUUGAGAUUGUCCAGUUUGCAAGCCGAACCAGGCAGCUGUUUGUACGUCUUUUAGGUCUGGUGAAGUGGGCAAGCAAUGCAGGAAAAGUUGAGAAGUGUGCGAUGAUCUCCAGCUUCCUUGACCAGCAGACAAUCUUAUUUGUGGACACAGCUGACAGACUGGCAUCACUAGCCAGGGAUGCUCUGGUACAUGCUCGGUUACCCAGCUUUGCCAUUCCUUUUGCCAUCGAUGUGCUGACCACAGGAUCAUACCCACGCUUGCCCACAUGCAUACGAGAUAAGAUCAUUCCUCCAGAUCCCAUCACUAAAGCUGAGAAGCAGACCACCCUAAACCAACUUAAUCAGAUUCUACGACACCGCCUUGUCACCACAGACUUGCCACCGCAACUAGCAAAUCUCACCGUUGCUAAUGGACGUGUUAAGUUUCGUGUGGAGGGAGAGUUUGAGGCUACUUUAACCGUAAUGGGAGAUGACCCUGAUAUUCCAUGGAGGUUGCUGAAGUUGGAGAUUUUGGUGGAGGACAAAGAAACUGGAGACGGCCGAGCAUUGGUCCACAGUUUGCAGGUGAACUUCAUCCAUGAGUUGGUCCAGGCCCGUCUCUGUGCAGACGAUAAACCCCUACAGGACAUGUACAACUGUUUGCACUCCUUCUGUCUGUCCCUGCAGCUUGAGGUGCUCCACUCUCAGACAUUGAUGCUGAUCAGAGAGCGCUGGGGAGACCUGGUGCAGGAGGAGAGAUAUGUGCCAGCCAAAUUCCUCACACUCUCUGUCUGGAACCAACAGGUUUUGGGUAGAAAAACUGGCACAGCUUCAGUACAUAAAGUCACAAUCAAGAUCGAUGAAUCAGAUGGAUCUAAGCCAUUACAAAUAUCUCAUGAGCCUCCUCUACCUGCAUGUGACUCGAAAUUAAUGGAAAGAGCUAUGAAGAUUGACCACCUGUCAGUGGAAAAACUUUUGAUAGACAGUGUGCAUGCACGGUCCCAUCAGAAGCUGCAGGAACUUAAAGCCAUUUUAAAGACCAGUAAUCCCAGUGAUAACUCAUUCAUCGAGACGGCUUUACCUACAUUGGUUGUUCCAAUACUUGAGCCCUGUGGUCGUUCAGAGUGCCUGCACAUUUUUGUAGAUCUGCACUCUGGCAUGUUUCAACCCAUGCUGUAUGGUUUGGAUCAGUCCAUGCUGGAUGACAUUGAAAAGACCAUCAACGAUGAUAUGAAGCGCGUAAUAUCAUGGCUUCAGCAGCUGAAGUUCUGGUUGGGGGAGCAGCGCUGUCGACAGUCUGUCAAACACCUUCCCACUGUUUGCACUGAUGUCCUUCACCUCUCCAACUCAGCUUCUCACCCCAUUGGCAACUUGUCCAAGCAUAAACUUUUCAUCAAGCUCACCCGUCUUCCUCAGCACUACAUUGUGGUUGAAAUGCUUGAGGUGCCUAGCAGUCCUACAGCAUUGCAGUACAAGUACUCUUUCCUGUUGGUGACUCAGUUAGAGGGAGAGGAUGGGCCCAUGUGUGCACAGCUUUUGCAGCAUUUCAAGCCCAACCUUGAGCACCUUGUCCAGGACACUACAGCGGAGAGAGAGUCCCGACCUGGGACAAAGAGAAAGAUAUCUGGAGAGCAGGGGGAUACAGAGCCAAAGAAGCCUAAGAGGUCAGGAGAAAUGUGUGCCUUCAACAAAGAGUUGGCUCAUCUAGUGGCAAUGUGUGAUACCAACAUGCCUUUUAUUGGCCUCAGAGCAGAGCUAUCCAACAUGGAGAUUCCAAAUCAGGGAGUUCAAGUGGAAGGAGAUGGCAGCAGUCAUGCAAUACGACUACUAAAGAUUCCCCCUUGUAAAGGUGUAGGAGAAGAGACCAGGAGAGCUAUAGAGCGUUCCCUACUGGACUGCACGUUUCGCCUGCAGGGAAGGAAUAACCGCACCUGGGUGGCUGAACUGGUACUGGCCAACUGUCCUCUCAACAGCACGCACAGCAAAGAGCAAGCCUCUACACGGCAUGUGUACCUUACAUAUGAAAACCCGCUGUCAGAGCCGGUGGGCGGGCGGAAGGUUGUUGAGAUGUUUCUAAAUGACUGGAAUGCCAUUAGUCAGCUCUACCAGUGUGUUCUCAACUUCUCUCGUGCACAGCCAGAAAUGCCAUCUACCCAGUUUUCAGAGGUGCGACUGUAUAAUUAUCGUAAACUUGUGCUGUGCUAUGGCACAACCAAAGGCAGCUCUGUCACCAUCCAGUGGAACUCCAACAGCCAGCGGUUCCACCUUGCCCUGGGCACUGUGGGACCCAACUCAGGCUGCUCCAACUGCCAUAACAUCAUCCUCCACCAGCUACAGGAAAUGUUCAACAAGAACCCAAAUGUGAUGCAGCUGCUGCAGGUGCUCUUUGACACACAGGCUCCUCUUAAUGCAAUCAACAAGCUACCAACAGUGCCCAUGCUGGGCCUCACCCAGCGCACCAACACUGCCUACCAGUGUUUCUCCAUCCUGCCCCAGUCUCCCACACACAUCCGACUGGCGUUCCGAAACAUGUACUGCAUCGACAUUUACUGCCGCAGCCGAGGAGUGGUAGCCAUCAGAGAUGGAGCCUACAGUCUCUUUGACAACACUAAAAUUGUUGAAGGAUUUUACCCUGCUCCAGGACUCAAGACAUUCCUGAACAUGUUUGUAGACAGCAACCAAGAUGCUCGCAGGCGUUCAGUCAAUGAAGAUGACAACCCUCCAUCACCUAUAGGUGUAGAUGUGAUGGACACUCUCAUGAACCAGCUUGCUCCACAGCAGCCACAGCCUAUUAGAGGGGGUGCAGGAGGUGUAUAUCCCCCUCUUACGUCACCUCCACCAAAUUAUCAUGCCAAUGUAACUCCCUCACCGUCUAUGAUGCCCACGCAGUCACCAGGGAACAUCCAUGCCUCUGGCUCCCCUAGUGGAGCUUUGAGGGCACCCUCUCCUUUUGGGCCCACCCCGUCUCCGUCUUCUCUGGGCAUAGCCAUGGGCCAGACCAGCUUUGCCAGUCCCCACGGUCCUCUGGACCCCAGCUCUCCAUAUACAAUGGUGUCUCCCAGCCAUAGAGGUCAGUGGCCUGGUUCACCCCAAGUCUCAGGACCCUCUCCUGGGACAAGAAUUCCUGGCAUGUCCCCUGGUAAUCCUUCGCUGCACUCUCCCAUUCCUGACCCUCAUUCUCCACGUGCCGGAACAAGUUCCCAAGUCAUGCCUACCAGUAUGCCUCCUCCUCGAAAGCUACCUCAGCGCCCCUGGGCGGCCUCCAUUCCUACCAUCCUCACCCACAAUGCCUUACAUAUGCUUCUGCUCCCCUCACCCACUCCUAGCCUGGUGCCAGGCCUUGCAGGAAGCUACCUCUGCUCACCACUGGAGCGCUUUCUGGGUUCAGUAAUAAUGAGACGGCACCUGCAGAGGAUCAUCCAGCAGGAGACCAACUUAUCCAUUGUGAACUCUAAUGAGCCUGGAGUGAUCAUGUUCAAAACAGAUGUACUCAAGUGCCGGGUGGCCCUCAAUCCAAAGAAUUACCAGACGUUGCAGCUCAAAGUCACCCCAGAAAACGCAGGUCCCUGGUCUCCGGAGGAACUUCAGGUGCUUGAGAGAUUCUUUGAGACCAGAGUUGCUGGUCCUCCUUUUAAAUUCAACACUCUGAGUGCCUUCACAAAGCUGUUGGGAGCACCCACCAACAUCCUUAGGGAUUGUGUACGCAUCAUGAAGCUCGAACUGUUCCCUGACCAGGCUCAGCAGCUCAAGUGGAAUGUCCAGUUCUGUCUCACCAUUCCUCCCAGUGCUCCCCCCAUCGCACCCCCAGGAACAAUUGCUGUGGUGCUUAAGUCAAAAAUGCUUUUCUUUUUGCAGCUGACUCAGCGUAUCCCAGUACCCCAGGAGCCAGUGAGCAUUAUUGUGCCGAUUGUUUAUGACAUGGCCACAGGGCUCACUCAGCAGGCUGACAUCCCCAGACAGCACAGCUCCUCUGGGGCUGCAGCGCUCAUGGUCUCUAAUAUCCUCAAGAGGUUCAAUGAAAUGCACCCCGCCAGACAGGGUGAGUGUACCAUAUUUGCCUCUGUUCACGAGCUGAUGGCCAACCUCACUCUUCCUCCCGGCACUCGACAGUAGAAGCAACCUAUUCAGAGGCAGUCCUGAAACGUAACUCGAAUCUUUGGAGGACAGAGCUUCUCUGGACGGAAGAGGGCAUAACAUGAGUAACAGCUGUGGCCCCAAUUAGUCAAAAACCAGCCUGUGUUCUCGUCUUCUGCUGUAAUGACUUUUGAUCUGGUUGCAUAACUGCUUUGAAGAAAGGAAAAAGCAUGUGUACAUAUGAGGACCACAGGCUUUAUUUUUGAUUCAUAGUGAAGGUAGCUCUUGGACAGAGGUCAACAUUAAAUGCAAAAAGAUAUAAAUGUUAUUAUUUUUCCUCCAGAUGCACUUGUAAACAAGAUAUUCUAUUGAAUUUAUGGUUGUUUACAAAAAUAUGUACAUUAUUUUAUAUUUGCUUGUGGAAAAGAAUCAGGUUUGUUAGAUUUUUGCAAGAGCCCUGUCUCCUCCCCCCUUUCUUUCUUUAAUUUUUGUACAUGUCUGAUAUUAUUGUAGUAUCAGGAGAUAGAUUCUUUAGUGCACUAUUUAAUUGUCUUCUUGCAUUUACUUUGUCAAUAUCUCUGCUUUUUCUUUUUUUCCAGAGUUUCACUUUCAAUACUGUAAAACUGUGACAAACUUUAUAAGCCAGUUGUAUUUUAUGAAGAACUGUUUUGAGUCCUAAUUGAUGGAUCUGAGACAUUUGACUUUGCUAUUUAAUAAACCAAGCCCAGAGUUGG